AAUGGGAGACUCCAACCCGGCAGCUGUGCCUCACGCCGCUGAGGACAUCCAGGGAGAUGACAGGUGGAUGUCACAGCACAAUCGGUUUGUCCUGGACUGCAAGGACAAGGAGCCCGACGUGCUCUUCGUGGGGGACUCCAUGGUGCAGUUGCUACAGCAGUAUGAGAUAUGGCGAGAGCUCUUCUCACCACUCCAUGCACUGAAUUUUGGGAUUGGUGGAGACACCACGGGGCAUGUUCUAUGGAGACUGAAGAACGGUGAACUGGAGAACAUUAAACCCAAGGUCAUUGUUGUUUGGGUUGGAACAAAUAACCAUGAAAACACAGCAGAAGAAGUAGCAGGGGGAAUCGAGGCCAUCGUGCGCCUGAUAAACACUCAGCAGCCACAGGCCAAAGUGAUUGUACUGGGCCUGCUACCUCGCGGAGAGAAGCCAAACCCCCUGCGGCAGAAGAACGCCAAGGUGAACCACCUGCUGAAGGCCUCUCUGCCCAAGCUGCCCAACGUGCAGCUGCUGGACGUGGACGCCGGGUUCGUGCACUCGGAUGGCACCAUCUCCUACCACGACAUGUUCGAUUUCCUGCACCUGACGGGAGGGGGCUACGCCAAGGUCUGCAAGCCCCUCCACGAACUGAUCAUGCAGCUGCUGGAGGAGACCCCCGAGGAGAAACGAGCUGCCCUGGCCUGAGCCGCUGGUGUCAGCCCUUCAGAGCAUCAUCCAGCCCAUCAGAUCAGUUCUGUCACUGGCACUACAGAAAUCCUUCUUUCUUAAAGCACUUUCCAUUGUAGAAUGUUACCGGAUGUCCGUACUUAGUGUUUUGAGGGGGAAGGCUCACGUCUAACUGGUCUUGUACACACGAGGGCCGGCUGGGGUUGGUUUUAUUGCAGGAGGAGAUUAGCUGAAGAAGAGUUUUACUUUUAAACCAUUCCUCAUUUAAAAACAAGAACAGGACUGUCGCUCUGUGCCCCCAUGUCUUGUUGCUCUGUGGUUGUCCUAGCCCCCGUAGCCUGUCCGACAGCCCACGCUCCGCUCCUGGCUCACCAUCCCUGGCUGCACCGUCGUGCUCUGUGUAUUUGCCUGGGAACAAGAAUCACAUUCCACUUGCUAAAGCCAGAACAGAUGCAUUUUUCCAAACUCGGU